UUAGACAUUAAUUUGAAUUAAUUAGACAGAAAUCUUACCAGAGGUGUGUUAUCUGUUUUACAUGUAUUGUUGCAGCAAAGGGGAGACCAAAUUAUAAUGUAACACUAAACCCACUCAGUGACUUUUAAGCAAGUCUUGUCAGACAAGUAAUCUUAUUUAAAUGGAAAGACACAAACAUGCUCAUGAAAAUGAACUCGCUGUGUGUAGACAUGCUGGAAUUCAAGUGCAGGCUGCAGGGCAGGUGGGUGUGCCUUGUUCAUUCAUAAAGUGGACUGAGGGGUAUACAUGUGUAUAUAAAAGCAGAAGCUGCAUCAGGAUCUCCCACAUUGUCAGCCGCUGCAGUCAUGACCCGCCCAACUAGUAGAGUCCAACUCCUUGCGCUCCUGCUAUUCCUGAGCAGGAGUUGCACCGCUUUCUCCAAUGACGCCACAGAGUCACUCAGUGCACAGCCGACCCACGCCACUCAGGACGAGCCACCUAAUGAAGAUACAAACCAAGCAAGGAAUGGUGGGAGACAGCAGUCUAAACUAGUCAAUAAUGGACCAGACCAAAGCCAGGUGGGCUGCAGGGAGUUGAGAUCAACCAAGUACAUUUCAGAUGGCCAGUGCACCAGCAUCAACCCCAUUAAAGAGCUGGUCUGCGCCGGGGAGUGUCUGCCGGCUCACCUGCUCCCCAACUGGAUCGGCGGGGGUUACACCGGGAGGUACUGGAGCCGGAGAGAGACCCAGGAGUGGCGCUGCGUCACUGACCGAACCCGGACCCAGCGCAUCUGGCUCCAGUGUCAGGACGGCAGCGCCAGGACCUACAAGAUAACAGUGGUGACCUCCUGCAAGUGCAAACGGUACUCCAGACUACAGAAUGACUCAGGACACAAGGACACUUCAGUCCACAGCGGCAAACAGAAGAGAAAACACAAGAUCAGGGAUCAACUCCCUGAGGAGUAAACCAGACUAAACUAAUGCAGCUACAAAAGAAAUCACCCUUCUCCAUUUUUAAGAUGUACAUUUAAUAAAUACGUGGGUGUAAGUGGUGCAGGUUUAGUCUACACACUUUUAUUAGUCUGGAUUCCCCUCAAAGUGACAUAGAGUGUAAAUGACUGUGUGUGUAUUUAGAUCAUACAGUAUGUGCUAGAUUAGUUUAAAAAAAAAAAAAUUGGUCUGAGAAAUAUAGUCCUGUAAUGAUAUAGAAACAGAAUGUCACUAAAUAGAACAUAGACCUCACUAAAAAAAUAAAAAAUAAAAAGAACAUUAGUAACACAUACAGUACCACAGUAGUAUAUUAUUAUUUCUUUGUCCAUACGUUCGUUAGUUAGCAGGCUUCUUGCUGGUGGUUCAUGGAGGAUACGGAACAGCCGGCCAGUGUCAUUAUAAAUCUGGGGCGUGGACUGCUUCAGUGAUGCCAUAUUGACUUAAUCGGCGAAAAUAUCCCACCUUUUAUUUCUAAAAGUAUUCUAGCUGAACGUAUAAAGCAAUAAUGCAUAACUUAAAGAUUGUCGUCUGAGAAAUACAUUUGUCAGCUGUUGUAAUUUUGCUUCUUGUAUGCUUGUAUUCCGAGUAAAUAGUGUGUAAUUUAUUUUUUAUACAUGAAGAACAUGUAAAGUGCCUUUCAUAAGUUUGUCUGAAAUAAAGAGUUGAAUAAGAAGUAGUAGUGUUUGUUAUAGAAUGCUGCAGGCAUACUGUACCAGCCAGACCUAACCCUAUAAACAGGAACAACCUAAUAACAGAGGCAUUAGUCGAGUGAUGAAACGCUCUUUUCACCAGAUGCCAUACUUUGUUUUGUGAAGGGAAUACCUUCACCUUCAGACUAGCGGAGCGGCUCAUUCCAGCUGCGGCAACAUGUUAAGAGACUUCAUUGUCUCGUGUAGCCUCUCA